UUGGUCGAUAGAUCAAAUUGUUGACGUAUUUUUAUGACAGUUUGUGAGUACGUCAGAGACGUAAUCAGGAGAAGUACUGUAGACAUGGUUACGAUGGGCGAACCCCUCACUUUAGCAAAUGAUGUUAAGAGGUCUAUUGAGUUACUAGACAAAUUACAAAAAGGUGGUGAAGUACCUGCAACAAAAUUAGCUGCCUUACAAAAAGUUUUGCAAAGUGACUUCCUUAGUGCUGUACGUGAAGUAUAUGAACAUGUAUAUGAAACUGUAGACAUCCAGGGCUCUCAAGAAGUUCGUGCAUCAGCUACAGCAAAAGCAACAGUUGCUGCUUUUGCAGCAAGUGAAGGACAUGCACACCCACGAGUGGUGGAAUUACCAAAAACUGAAGAAGGUCUUGGUUUCAAUGUAAUGGGAGGCAAAGAACAAAAUUCACCAAUUUAUAUUUCGCGAAUUAUUCCUGGAGGUGUUGCAGAUCGACAUGGUGGUUUAAAACGCGGUGAUCAGCUUCUUUCAGUUAAUGGAGUGUGCGUGGAAGGAGAAAACCACGAGAAAGCAGUAGAACUACUGAAACAGGCACUAAAUUCUGUGAAACUGGUUGUGCGAUAUACUCCCCGUGUUCUAGAAGAAAUGGAAUUGCGAUUCGACAAACAAAGAGCAGCACGUAGGCGUCAGCAUAUGCAAUAA